AUGACGGCGCAGGCUGCGGAGGAGCUCGCCACCCAGAUCGAGCAGCAGAAGCUCGAGGAGCAGAAGACCGAGGCAGAGGAGGUUGUGGUGGAGGAUGAGGACGAUGAUGACGAUGACGAUGACGAUGACGAUGACGCCAAGGAUGAUGAUGAAUUGGAUGGACAAGAAGGGGAUGCCAGUGGCAAGUCCAAGCAAAGCAGGAGUGAGAAGAAGAGCCGCAAGGCCAUGCUGAAGCUUGGCAUGAAGCCCAUAACUGGUGUCAGCCGCAUCACUGUGAAGAAAAGCAAGAAUAUGCUUUUUGUCAUCUCCAAGCCAGAUGUGUUCAAGAGCCCAAAUUCAGACACCUACGUCAUAUUUGGCGAGGCCAAGAUCGAGGACCUCAGCUCUCAGCUGCAGACCCAGGCUGCAGAACAGUUCAAGGCUCCUGACUUGAGCCAAAUGAUCUCGAAGCCUGAGACAUCUGGUCUGGGUCAGGAGGACAAUGAGGAGGAGGUUGACGAAACUGGUGUUGAGGCCAAGGACAUUGAGCUGGUCAUGACCCAGGCAUCUGUUUCGAGGCCCAAGGCUGUCAAGGCUCUCAAGGCUUCUAAUGGGGACAUCGUCACUGCCAUUAUGGAGCUGACUAAUUAG